AUUUUACAUUUAUAAAAUGUGAAGUACGAGAUUGUGAUUUAAUAAAAGUUUAAUUGGCUUUGCCAUUUUUAACAAGUUAGGGAAGAGCUUGGACAUGAUGUCAUCCCCUGGGAUAUGUGGGUAUCAAUAAUGUAAUCGGAAAAUUUUAACAAUACCUCAAGAAAGAGUUUCUAUUCGGUUGCUGUUUACAGUGAGAAAUAACUUUCGGAUAUCAGUUUCUGCAUUCUGGAUAUAACGAUACAAAAUACUAACGACGAUGGCGCAGGAAGGUUUGGCUAAAGAGAAUUUUACAUACAAAUACAAAUACUCGGAAAAUACAUCAAUUCCAAUGCUCAACAUCACUGAAGAUGACAACAUCACAGCCAAGAACUCUCCCUGUGGCUCUGUGAAUGACAUAGAACUUGACCGGACCUAUAGACUGAUGAUACUCUAUCUUACUAUUGUGCUGUGCCUGAUAGGCAGUGUUCUCGUCAUUCUUUGGAUGUGUUGCAAUCGGCGUAUCUUCCCAAAGUUCAAGCACUAUUCCCGAGUAAACGUGUUCAUCCUGCAUCUGACUGUGGCUGAUCUUCUCGUCAUCAUGUUGGCCAUGGUGCCUCAACUUGUCUGGGAGCACGCGGAACGCGACUGGCGGGCUGGGGACAUUAUGUGCCGCCUUGUAAAAUUUCUCCAAAGUUUCUCAAUGAUGGCGAGUAAUUACAUGGUCGUUGUGAUUGCCAUCGAUCGCCAUCAGGCCAUACUGGCUCCACUUAAAGAGGCUUUCUCGAUCUGGAAGAUGGCUGGAACUGGCUGGGGUCUGGCUGCGUUGUUCUCGCUUCCGGUGGCGGGUGUGUUUCACACGGUAGCAAAAGAGGACGGCGAGACCCGUUGCGAAAACAUUUUUCGGAAUUUACCGCUCUGGCAUCGCCAAAUCUGGAUGACCUGGGUAGCAUUCGUCGUAUUUUUUAUCCCUUUUGUCAUUUUGGUCAUCUGUUAUUUGAGAAUAUUUAUGAAAAUUUCAAAAAAGGCUUUGCAAAACAGCAGUGUCAAAUACCGACAAGAGAAAGGAAAGAUAUACUUACAAAGUACGCACUCAAAUUCCCUGCCAAGAGCAAAAAUAAAGACACUUAAAAUGACAUUUGUCAUCCUAUUGACAUUCAUCAUUUGUUCCAUGCCAUAUUUUGUUGUUGAGAUGAUAAUGUCAUACGGUAACUAUUGUCUCAUUUCCAAAAAACUGUAUGCCAUACUCGGAGGGAUGGCGGCGUGUAAUUCAGCCACGAACCCUUACGUGUUUUUAGCAUUCAACAUAAACACUAACUGGUUUAAGCAACUCAAAGCUUGUCGUGCAAACAAGAAGCAAUCGCCACUUCGCGGGUUCCAUUCCUGUCCCACGGGGUCAACUGGACCACACGCCAACCAUUCCGUGUGCAGGAACAAAAGUCAGUGUGUCCCCAUGAAUCGCCAAGGUACGUACGAGAGUCAAGUGGAAAUGGAGAUUCUAAGACAUUGACCACGUUACCAUACGGCGAAAAAAUAACUAUGAUUUUGAAGUACCGUGAAAAGAACACACAAUCCAUUAGGUGGAUUUAAUUAGUUAGUAAAACUAUCAGGAUUGUAGUUUUACAAGUGUUAAACUUAUAUCAGUAAUGCAUAUAAGCAUUUUACUCGGGAGAUCAAAGUUUCAGAUAAUUUUAUUGGAUAAGUUGCUUAAAUCCAAAUGACAAAUCUGUUUUACUGAGAGAAUCAAUGUUUAUUAUAUAGAAUGCACAUAAUUUACUGUUUGAUAUUUUAGUGAUAUCAGUAUAUGAUAUAUGUUGCAGUUCUGUCUGAAAUUAUAAAUUGUUGUUUGUGCAAUAUUAUUGAAAGAGUAUUCACGUUACCAUAUGGCAAAAAUUGUACAUAGUACUACGUAAUAGUAAAGAUGUUGAACGUCUGGCAAAUCAUUAAAACUUUUUCACCAGCCAACUUUAGCUUUUUUUGAGUGCAUACUGUAUGCUUAUAUUGAAGUUAUAUUUACCUGAAGCUUAUAAUAAAACACAUUUGUUCCAGAACUGAACGAUUAAAUAGUAUUGUCACGAAAAUCUGCAUCCAGUCUAUUGGAUUCAUAUUAACUUGAAGUCUCCUACCCAUUUCCGCUACAAAUGCAUAACUUGUUAUCACCCUAACUCCCACAUUUUGCGCAAAUUCUUAUAUAACAGCCGAUGGCAAUCCACGAAGCAUAUAUUUAUCGCCUCAAUAUGUCAAGACCCGGUUAAUGUAAGGCAAUUAAAGGCAUUUCAGACAGCACAUAAAUGAUUACUGCAACACAUCGACGGAUUUCUUAAACGAGUAUAUAUGAAAAAUUUACUUUGUUUUAGUAUAAAGGAAAUGUUAAUAUUACAAUUUCUUAACGGAAAUGUUGCAAAUUAAAACAAUGCAAAAUCUCGACGGAACGUACUGUUCAGUGCAAAGGAGUUUCACUCUUGUAUAAGGGCUAUGCAAAAUCGUACAAGUGAUAUAAUUGAAUACAUAGAACACUAUUUGUCAAUCAAAUCAUUCUCUAAACUCUACACUCAAAAUCUUGGUAUAUGGACCGCAAUUGACAGUACAAUAUUGACAACGCC